CAAUUAAAUUUUAUAAUGGAAUCAGCUACAGAAAUGUUAUCCUUUAUGGAUUUACUUGACUUGGAUGAGGAAAUAAUAGAUGAUAAAGCAAAAAGUAUAAUGGAUCGAAAUACUUUUGCUAAUAAACACUUAUUGAAUUUCAUAAAUUUGCUGCAGUAUAAGCAGUUAAUUAAUACACGAGAAAACAGUGAGUGUAGUAAUGAAGAGGAAUAUAACUUUGUUGCAAAACUCAUACACAAUAUGAACGAAGAUAAUGUCGAUAUUAUAUGUAAAAUAAUUACAAUGGUACUAAUGUUACACCCAAGUAGUAUUAGAAAUAAAUCCGAACAUCUGAUACAACAAAUAAUGGCCGAUAUGUAUCUACCAUCACCUAAACAAACAUUGAUAACUGACUAUGAAAAUGAAAAUCUCCAGAUGACAUGGUUACAAUUAAAAAUUUGUGUAAGCAUUUUAGAUGCAGUCAUAUCAAGUCAUACAAAGCUAAUGUUACCGUUUCUUGAAAUUUCUCUUGAGAACAUAAUUUUUUCUAAAAAUGAAAAGUUACGAUUAUAUUUCCUUACACAUGCUGUGUCACGAUUCUUUGAAGCCAUCACAGGGUACAACAUACUCGACAGAAUAUGGAACUGUCUCAGAGAAGCCAAAGGGAAUGUCAGUAUGAUUGCAUUACAAGUGCUAUGCUGCCUUUCCAAUUAUUAUCUACCAGUUGCAGAAAAAUCCAGUAAUAUCCUUUUGGAAUCCAAUGUAAUUUUCAGCAGUGAGUUUUGGGAUUUUGUACUUUCUGGAUUAUUAAAUAGAGAUGUAGAUAAUACACACAGGAAAAAAUCAAUAUAUUUAGCUAAAAGAGCCAUCGAUUGUGCAUUUAUUGCCGAUAAAAAUAUCAGCAUAAGGUCUACGAGUACUUUUAUUUGGGAAAGAAGAAAUAAAAUGAACCUAAAAACUUACUGGGAUAAUUAUUUUAUAUUAAUAGACAGCUUAGAAGAGAAACAGAGCAAUAUUGUUUUACCGUCUUUGAAAUUAUUUCAGACUAUUAAAGGUAUUGGUCAUUGUUGGUUAAACUGUGCAUUUUGUAUUGGCUUGCGUCAUGAUAAUGCCAAAGUGCGUUUUCAAUGUUUGCAAUAUCGCAUGCGAAUGAAUAUUACUAGCGAAUUGGAAGCUGUGUCUAUAUUUGAAGCUAUUAAUGAUGUUAAUUUAUUUGAAAAUGAGGCCGAAUAUAAAUCUCUUGAAAUGGAAUUUAAAAAUAUUUUAAACAACACUGAUACAUUGAUUAGAGUACUUAAAGCUGUUCCAUUGAUAAAAUGGUCUCCUGUACCCUUAUAUCAUUUGACAACUACCUUAUCCGAAAGCCGUUUUAAAGGAUUAUUAGAUAUCAAUUCUUCAAUUCUCAAGGAGAUUAUAGGCAAUAUAUUAAAAAUACCAUGCAAUAAUAUUAUAAUAAGAAAAGCUAUUCAAGUCAAUAUGUCACAUUUUAUUGAAAAUAAUUGUUGUCAGUUCACAUACAAGGAUUAUAUGGAUAUAUAUCCACACUUGCAUUUAGAUCUUGGAAUGUAUAACACAUUAGCCGAGUUCAUCAAAAAUCAACUUUUGAUACCAGAUAUUGAAGAGUUUUUGUUUUCGCUACCAUAUUCACACUUGAAUAUAGAAUUUGCUUUAACAUACUUUGAAGGUCAUGAUAAUAGUAAAUUUAUAAAAUUAAUUAAUGAAAUCGUAAAAGAAAUACAGAAUAUAAAUAACAGACAAUAUUCUGACAAAAAUGAAUGCUUAAAUUAUGUAGUUUUCAUAGUGCAACUGUAUAAGAAAGCCAUAAAAUAUAAAUGUGCACUUUAUAAAAGAUUAGACAGCUAUGCGCCGAAAACAUUGGAAGUAAUGAUGCAGUUUGUUGCAACUUUAAUCACAAAUAAUAUAACUUUUGAUAUUGAAAAGAUUACCUUGCUCUUUGAAGGCUUGGAUUAUAUAAAUUUUCAUAUUAAAGGCACUAAUGAAAAUGAUUAUUUACUAAAACUAUAUAAAUCGACAAUAUCGAUUUUAAAAAACGAAUCUACUGAUUUAAACAUGAAAGUUCUCAGUAUAUUUAUUUUUAAUACAUGCUUGAAGAAUCCUUUUUUCGUGGAAAAAUAUGAACAGGAAUUGCUGGAUGAAGAAGACUUCGUAAACAUGAUUCAAAAUGUGGAAUUUAAUGAAAAUACGUACAUAGAGAAUAGUGGUCGCUUGCGGAAUCUAUUUCAUGAGAAAUGCUGUGAAAUAGUCUACUUUUUUGCAUCCGAUUCAUAUUGCGAGAUAAAUAAUGACAUUUUACUUUAUAUUUACGACGUAUUAGAUAGCGGAGGUUACGGAUGCUUAAAUUGGAUCCUUAAGAUAAUAAACAAAGUACUUCCAUCGAUAUUAGGUGACAGAAAAAUCAAUUUCAAAGUAACGGAUUUUUUAAACCGAAUGUGGAAUGAAAUUGAAGAAUUAAAAUCUAAUAGUCAAUAUAUAAAAUGCGUCCAAGAGUUUGUCAUUUUACUUACACAGCAUGUGUUACUUAAUCAACCAGCUUAUAACAAUAUAAUUAUUUUGUAUUCUAACAAAAUAUUAGAAUAUGCUGUUAUUAAGAAUGCACCUUUAUUCUGCUUAGUAAAGCAAAUGGAUCAAAUUAAUGUGUCUGCAUAUAAUCAUUUGGUCUAUAUCCUGUGCGAUAUUCUAGUCUAUGGCUUCGUACAAAAGAAAGAUCACAGAAUUGCUGAUCGAGUGUCUAUUGAUAUAAUAGAAAACAAAAAUUAUGGUAUAAAAAAUGAAGAAUUCAUUGUUAGUUCUCAUAUAAAAGUUGUGGCAGUGUCCGUACUAAGUAAAAUAGUCGAUCCAGUAAUUCUUAACACAGUAAUAUCUCGUAUAAUAUCGAAAGUUGAGGAUUUGUUCAAAAAUAAGCAACGUUACUAUGGCAACUCCGUGCACGAUCAGUCAUUACAAGCAGCUAUACAAUGCUUGAUUUUUAUACUUUUUAAAAGUAGAAAAGUUGAUUUGGAUAGUACUGUGACAUGGGUCCUAAAAUUCUUGGGGAAAAUACCUCACCAACCCCUCGUAAGGGGGUACUUUGAGUGGUACAUUGCUCUGGUAUAUUAUCACAAGGAUUACAUUAUAAAUGAUAAAGUUCUUAACAUAUUUAAAGAAAAUAAUGUGCCAAUACAAUCGCAAUUUACUUUAUUGUAUAUUCUUUUAUCCCACAAAAUAAGACAUGCUAACUGUCGAAAUGAGGAUUUUGAAUGCGUCAUGGAUUUUUACCUUGCGAAUAUUAUGGGCCCUAUUUAUAGUACACGAUUGUACGCUCAGUUUUUAUCAUCGAAACUUCUGGAAGUGGCGACUUUUCUAACGAAUGACGUUUUAAACCGCGAAAAAUAUUCAUACAGUAUAGAUGUUAUACGAAAAACUUUACAAGAAGCCGAAGAAGCAAAGGAAAAAGCUUAUAUGAAAAUUAUUAGUGAAUAUUUUUUUACUUAUUUCAACAUAAUUGAAGAUUUAACACCAUUUGCCAUAUAUUGGGGCUUGCCGCAGAUUUGCAAUGGCUACGAUGAGAUAAUUGAGGCCAAAUUUGUGUCGAAUUAUCUCGCUGAUAUAAGUGAAUGUAUGACUGAGGAACCAGAUGAUAAAUUAUUCAAAGAAUGGAAAGAAAGUCAUAAGUAUAAUUGGUUUAAAAAGCUACCGAAAAUGCCGACACUAGAAGAAUGCAACUUGUUUAAUACUUUGGAAGAAGCUCAGGCUGUUCAAAAGAAAUAUGUUCCAUGGAAAAAUAUGACCGAUGUAGAGGAUUACACUAAUGAGAAAAAAAAAAAAAAGUGUGAUCUAAUAGUGGUGGCUUCGCUUAUCGAUAAACUACCAAAUCUAGGAGGAAUGGCUAGAACGAGCGAGGUAUUUGGUGUCCAGACUUAUGUAGUCGACAGUAUGAGGCAUUUGCAAGACAAGCAGUUCCAAGGAUUGAGUGUGUCAGCAGAACGUUGGAUUAACGUUGAGGAGGUGCGUCCUGGGCAGCCCUUGAAGCAAUAUCUGAUGAAGAAGAAGGCUGAGGGCUUUUCUAUCGUGGCAGCUGAACAGACGUCAAGCAGCAUGCCACUGCAAAAAUUUAAAUUCCCGAAGAAAACUCUUCUGUUACUGGGACACGAGAAAGAAGGCAUACCCUGUGACUUGCUGCCCUUAAUGGAUCAUUGUGUGGAAAUACCGCAGCAAGGAGUCAUUCGUUCCCUGAAUGUGCACGUUACCGCCGCCAUAUUCGUUUGGGAAUAUGCACGACAGAAUAUGUUAUAAAUUCAUAUAAGAAUAACUCGUCUAUUACUUAUUAGAAUAUUAUGUGUCUACGAGGGUUGAUCCAAAAAUAAUAAUUUAUUCGUAAUGACUAUGUAAACAAAAGCUGGUAAAUAUUAAUUUAUUUUAAAGCUUUGUCUGUACCAGCAUUUGCCCCCUGUGAUUUCUGCAGCCCAAGCCGUAGUAAGGUCCGACUUUCGAUUCACCGCUAUCUUGUACUUCCACUUUAGCAUUAAAGUAUCCCAUAACAUCAUUGUAGUGGGCCUUCGAGGUGAUGUUGAGGGCCUUUGCGAUGUCUUCGUACAUCGCUUCGACCACAUCAUCAGAGUAUGCCGAAGUUGGCGGAUAUAUCUGCACGCCCUUCAGGGAGUACCUGUCGGAAAGUUUUAGGACAAGAUAUACCAUCCGGUUCGACACACUACUGAUUUCCACAAUGCUUUUUAACUAGAAAACCUACACCAUCCUGGGAGAGGUUAUCACCUUCGCGGAAGUAGAGCAAGUUACGGGACUCUAGACUUAUCGUAUCCUCCCCCCGACUUCGGACUUCAGAUAACCCCAGUAUAUGCUAGUUUUUGUGACUUAACUCUAUUUCUAAUUAAGGUGAUGGUCCAGCCUUAUCGAGCGUCCAUUAUACGUUGCCAUGAAAAGUCGUUUUUUAUGGUAGCUUGCCAUGAACCGGUGAUUCUUCGCACUUCCAGCCUUGCCGAUACUGCGACCGCUACCUUGGUCGGGCCUAACGGGCUUGCCGAUAACUGGGGGCCUUUUUUUGAGCGCAUCUACCAUGUAGGAGGGUUUGCCCAUACUUGCCGCGCUGGGCAGGCGUGUUGGCGGGCGUAGGUAAGAUGUUUACGGGCGAGGUGCUGCUGCCCAACCCCCCUUUUCCCCAUCCCUCAGUCGCCUCUUACGACACUCACGGGAUAAGAUUGGGGGAUUACUAUUCUAAGCUGGCACUCCACGGCAAUCUAUACUAUAUAGAUUUUCUCUAAGCCGAUUACUUUUACGCCUUGUCUUCAGACGAUUUCGAAUGAGUACGCUCUUUUCUUGAAGGUUUCUAUGUCAUAUCGGUUCCGAAAAGUCGCCGGCUAAAGCUGGUUCCACAGAAUGUUUAUGCGAGGCAGGAAAUUACUUUAAAAAAUCGCGCUUUUGUGAAUUUCCAGACAUCGAGUUGGUUUGGAUGGAAUUUAGAAUUCAGACGUAAAUGUGACAGAUGGACAACGUCAGACGUGAUAGAACUUAUCUAUGUUGAAUGCGAUCAAAGUGAUGAAGCUGGUACUGGGGAGACCCUACCCAGAGAUGAGAGUAGUACUCCAUGUGGGAAUGUCCGAAAAUGUCCGAAUUUGCGCCUUGUAGAGUUUUAGGCGAGUUGACGACGUGAAUUGCUCGCCUUGUUGAGCAAAACAAGGCUUUUAGACCAUAUUUGGCAAAACUUCCAAUUGACGGAAUUAAAUGAUAUUCGAAAUAUCAAUUGACACCAAGCUGUGGCAACGAAUUCGUCGUCAAACGUCCGUAUCUCAGAGGUAACUAAUCACUCGUUAAGACUAAUUUCAAUAAAUGUUCAAGUGCAUUUUGUCUCGUUUCGCCCACAGAUAUUCUAAUGAAAUUAUGACUAGCGAAGAUUAUGAUGAAUUUUUGUCUUACAAAACCCGAAUAUCAUUACUUUUGGAUCUCCCCUCUUAUUACUCAAAUGUCAAAUAAUUCAAAAGAAAGAUUUAAAUAUUAUUAAAUUAA